AUGUUUUUAUCAGCAGAAGCUGUGAGGGGCAUAACAGCGAAGAAGCAUCCAGAUGAAAGAGGGAGUUGUGAGAACAGAGAGACGGAGGGAAAAACUGGUUGUUAGGCACUGAGAGAAGACGCUCAGCUGAAAGUUUUGUUUCAGUGCUAAGCCUGGACAUAAAAGACAGAAAGACAAGGAACGAGAAAAGCAAGGCAGGUGCUGUCCGUCACUCACAAAUGAUGCUUAUUCCACUUUUCAUUUGCUUGGGCCUCCUUGUAACUUCUGUGAACUGUGAGAAAGGCAUUCAUGGGAUUCAUUUUGGAGAAUGGAACGAGUCUCAGCUGCAGCCCACCAUCCAGAAACUGAUGAAAGGCUACAAUCGCUACCUCAGGCCGAAUUUCAAUGGUGGUCCUGUUGAAAUCGGGAUGAGUCUGGAUAUUGCCAGCAUUGAUGCCAUCUCAGAGAUCAAUAUGGACUAUACAGCUACUAUAUUCCUGAGGCAGCGUUGGCGGGACUCACGGUUGAUAUUUCCUGGAAAUGAAAGCUUGAGCUUGGAUGGACGUCUGGUUUCUCUGCUUUGGAUCCCCGACACCUUCAUUCCUGAUUCCAAACGUUCUUUCCUUCAUGACGUCACUGUGGAUAACAGACUCAUCCGAAUCUUCAGCAAUGGCACUGUACUCUAUGCUCUGCGAAUCACAGCUACCAUUGCCUGCAACAUGGAUCUUACCAAGUACCCAAUGGACAGACAAGUGUGCACCCUGCAGCUGGAGAGCUGGGGCUAUAAUCUGCAGGAUGUAGUGUUUUACUGGACUCGAGGGAAUGACUCAGUGAAGGGUUUGGACACUCUCCGUCUGGCUCAGUACAGUGUGGAGAGCUACUACACCUCAGUGUCUGAGGCAGUGUACGAGACAGGUUGUUACCCAAAGCUGGUGCUGCACUUUUCUCUGCGCAGGAACGUUCUAUUCUUCAUCCUGGAGACCUACGUGCCCUCCACUCUGCUGGUGGUUCUGUCCUGGGUGUCUUUCUGGAUCAGCCAGUCUUCAGUCCCUGCUCGUACCUGCAUUGGGGUGACCACUGUUCUAACAAUGACAACGCUGAUGAUGGGUGCCAGGACCUCACUGCCCAAUGCCAACUGCUUCAUCAAGGCCAUAGACGUCUACCUCGGCAUAUGCUUCACUUUCAUUUUUGGAGCUCUGCUGGAGUACGCCUGUGCCCAUUUCUGUACUAUGCAGCACCAAACAAUUAUAGAUGUACAAAGAGAGCUGCUGAAGGAGUUUGAUGAGUCGAACGGCAAUGGCUCCAUCCAGUUAGUUACUUCCACAACACCCAACAAGGGCCUGAAUCAAGAAACUCAGGAGGAGAUGACUGACCAGUCCGUGCAACCAGAAGGAGAUGAGCAAACAGAGAAGAAGCAAGGGAAUAGCUGUGGCCUGUCCUCUGUUAAGCAGGUGUCACGCAGAGCAGUGUCCAUGAUGAGUGUCGAAAAUCCCCACAAUAUCGAUAGGCAUGCGCGCACCUUAUUUCCCAUGGCAUUCCUUCUGGUCAAUAUCUUUUACUGGCUGUAUUACCUGUUCAUUUAACAGAACUGACAUACUAGACUCAUCUACUCACAAUGGCCUAAGGAACCUGGUGACUGCAAGGACUGAAUGCACUGCUAUAACAAACACUCCAGUCUUAAGUGCCCUGUAAUGCUGAGCUGGACCCGUACUCGACAAACAAUGUAGUGAUCACAUAAAUCAACACCCAAAACAAGUCGUCGGAUUACAACAUUCGGUGACAUAGUUGUUGGUUUCCAUUUCAUAUGUAAUGGCCUUCAUGUCUCUACAUUGUUAAAAGGAAGAAUUUUAUUUAUAUUAUUUAUUUUUCUGCAAGAUGAGACAACUGGAAUCUGAUUGUUAUUGUCAUAUAAAUUCCAUGUGUAUGUUGUUGAAGUAAAAAUGCAUUUGAGUAUGUUGAAAAAACUACUUUCUGUGCGCUUCUGUAUAGGCUACAAUUGCAUCUACUUGUUUAUUUAUUAUAUUAAAUUCAUUUAUUUAUUUGCUAAA